GGCGCCGGCGACCCGUCCUCUACCUCCCGGAACCCGCUCGUGUACCUGGACGUGGGCGCCGACGGGCAGCCGCUGGGCCGCGUGGUGCUGGAGCUGAAGGCAGAUGUCGUCCCAAAGACAGCAGAGAACUUCAGAGCCCUGUGCACUGGGGAGAAGGGCUUCGGCUACAAAGGCUCCACCUUUCACAGAGUGAUUCCGGCCUUCAUGUGCCAGGCGGGCGACUUCACCAAUCACAACGGCACAGGGGGGAAGUCCAUCUACGGAAGCCGCUUUCCUGACGAGAACUUCACAUUGAAGCAUGUAGGACCAGGCGUCCUGUCCAUGGCAAAUGCAGGCCCCAACACCAAUGGCUCCCAGUUCUUCAUUUGCACCAUCAAGACAGACUGGUUGGAUGGCAAACAUGUUGUGUUUGGCCACGUCAAAGAGGGCAUGGAUGUCGUGAAGAAAAUAGAAUCAUUUGGCUCCAAGAGUGGGAAGACAUCCAAGAAGAUUGUCAUCACAGACUGCGGCCAGUUGAGCUAACCCGCCAGGGCCAGGGCACUUGGCCGGUGGCAGCUGCACGUUUGUCGACUCACCCAGGUGGCCACCUUGGGCUCCCAGUGAAGGUGCCCAUAGAGUUGGCCGUGCUCGCUCUGCCAUCACUGUGUGCUCGAGGAAGCCUUCUCAGGGAUAUGGGAGCUCCACAGGACCCACUAGACAGUCUCCCCAGUGCCCACCCUUCCUCGCGACCCCGUUUCUGGACAUUCGUCAUGGACAUCUUGUCGCCACUCCUCACCAGGCAUCGCCUGUGAUGGCCCAGCCCAAGUUCAUCUGUGCCUUGCAAAUUGAGGUGGUGAUGAGUUAGCUUCCAGUGCAGUUUCUGCCUUUUCCUUGACCACCGAGGAAAGCCAGUCGCUGCAAGAGGGCUGGUGUCUCUGUUUAAUGUCGUCUUCCUAAUUGGGGUAAUCUAUUGAACAAGAUUGCCUGGAGAUGAAGCUGUGACACUAACUACUCCAUGCUGUGGUGUGACCUGAGUUGGUAGCCCAAGUCACAGAACCCCAG